AUGCCAGCCCAGCGCAUUAGGAACCAGCAGGAGCUGUCUUCAUCCGCACGGUUUCGGAGGCACCGUUUCAGGCGGGAUUGGACGCUGGGCGUUGCCCCAGCGAGUGGAUCGUGCAGGACCGUGGUGGCCAGACGGAAGCAGCAAACAAAGCCUGGCGCCACCCUCGCCUUCCUGGACACAAGACAGUAUGGGGUGCUCGCCACAGCCAGCCGGGUUGUGGGUGCCCAGCUGCCCAGCGCAGAGGCGGAGGUGCUGUUGUCCCAGCGGCAUUUCGCCCUAACAGACACUGAGACACGGUGUGAUCUGCCCACCCGCCAGGUCCUCUCUUCCUGUGGGAGCCGCUGGUCCACACCCUGGGCGUGGCAGACAGGAUGGCGCAGGGCAGGUACCCCACGUGAGCCUCGCCGUGCCCCGAAGACCUCCAGAUGGCGCCCACGUGCAGGGCUGAACGGGAGGGGAAGGCAGGCCCGGCACUGUCGCCUGUCCUCGGCUGGCACGUGGCAGGCCCUUCCGAGACCGACAGAUAACACUGCCUGUUAUCAGUCUGAACUGUCCCCUGAGCAUCGGCCGGACCGUCCUCGCCGUCCGCGGUCCUCGGAUUUCCCCGGGACAGGCUGUCGCCAGGACCCGCCCCGUCCACCUGGCGCCGUCCGCUGCGCCCUGCCGGGAUGUCCCUAAGCUGGGGCUGCCGCCUGGGCUCUGGCACGG